UCUCAUGCUGACCACGAGGUCCCGCCGCGGGGAGGAAAGCGGGGCGGCGGGAGGAUGCAGUCUUCUGCUGCCCCGAUGACGGGACCUUUAGCCAUGCUGGAUCCCACAGGGCACUUUGCCAAAAGAAAGAAAACUUCUCUUUGGUUCACCAUUGCUUUGUUGGUAGUAUCUACUUUCAUACUGACCAUUGGCCUUGCAGCUACAACAAGAACAGAAAAUGUAACCGUGGGAGGCUAUUACCCAGGAAUAAUCCUUGGCUUUGGAUCCUUCCUAGGGAUUAUUGGUAUCCAUCUGGUGGAGAACCGGAAACAAAUGCUGAUAGCAUCCAUCGUGUUUAUCAGCUUUGGAGUGGUAGCAGCUUUCUGUUGUGCAAUAGUUGACGGUGUGUUUGCAGCACGGCACAUAGAGCCUAGGCCUUUAUAUAAUAAAAGAUGCCAGUAUUAUUCAAGUGGAAUAGGAUUCCUCUAUGAUGCCUACCAAACAGAGGUGACGUGUUACACCUUAAACAGUAAAUGCCAGCUGAGGGUGAAGAGCAACACAUGCUACUGUUGUGACUUGUACAACUGUGAAAACUCAGAACACUCCACAAGCUAUUAUGAGUUCCUUGGUGUGAACAGUUGUCAGGAUGUGGUUCAUCUGUACCGGCUGCUCUGGUCCUCCACUGUCUUGAACAUCAUUGGCUUGUUUCUUGGCAUAGUUACUGCAGCAAUACUUGGUGCAUUUAAAGAUGUGGCACCCAUGUCCCAGAUUGCCUUCAGCUCUGCUCCUCCACCACAGAUCCUCUAUAAUCCAGCUCAGCAGAUUUUGACAUACACUGGAUUUUGUCCUUCUGCAGCAGCUGUUCCUCAUUAUCCAUCCUAUCACUUACCUCUUCAGCCCACCAACAAUUUUCCAACAUCAUCAUCUACGGAUAUUUCCUUAUCUGAUGACACCCAGCCACCAUCUCAGUCCAGCUCCAAUUAUGGUCUUCCUCCCAAUGCCCCUCCAUUAUAUACACCAACCUAUUUCCUGUCUGGUGAAAAGCCUCCACCAUAUGUCCCAUAGCUUGGAGACCAUUAUCAAGAGACUGUAAGCUUGAAGAAGAGAAAUCACCACCUUGGCUGUGUUGCCCAUGCUAGCAGACUUUUGUGGAUAUCGUCAUGUCAUGUUGUGUGGCAUGGUAUUGGUCCUCUUCAUACCCAAAUAAUUUGCAACCAGCAGACAAUUCAUGGAAAUGAAUUGCAGUUGCAUCUUCAGAACUACAGCAAUUGGUCAGGCAAAGGUUGCAUUUGGUUAUUUUCAACCUCUCUUUUUUGCUAUCAUUGCUCCCUCCCUAUAGUAAUUAUUUUUUCCAGUAGACAUUUCAAAGACAGCAAAGUCCUGCUCAACAUAGAGCCCCACACACUAUUCUAGUGGCCCAAGACAGAGAAUGGGGAUUACCAUUUACAUCCAAGGAGGACAGGAAUGGCCAACUCCAUCCACAUGGAAGAGAAAUGCUGAUGCACGUUUGCAAUA